CUCUCCAACUUAAAAAAAAUAGAAAAUUGUUUAAUUUUCUUUAGCCAUAGCGCUCUCCAGCCCACCGGGCGAGGUCCUCCGACCUCCGCCGCUCUCCCCAUCCUCUGGGGCUGUGCUGACGAUGUCCCUCCUCCAGCCCCACCAGCCACCACUUCCGCCACCUCAACACCAGCAGCAGCCGCCACCGCUAGCCCAACCGCCAUCAUCGCUGUAUAAACAGCAUUCUUGGUCGCCGGAUAUUUACCGGGACGAGGCGUGGCUUAAGCGAAAAGGAAACUGUAAGAAUCGGAGAAGCAAGAGCGUUACAGAUGAAGAUCUUGAUGAACUCAAGGCUUGUAUUGAGCUAGGUUUUGGAUUUGACUCGCCUGAAGUGGAUAAACGCUUGUCGGAUACUUUACCAGCUCUAGGUCUAUAUUAUGCCGUUAACAAACAUUACUACGACUCUGUUUCCAAGUCUGCCACAGCGACGUCGUCUUCAUCCACCGCGUCUGACUGUGACUCACCAUCUCCACUUGGUAGCCCUCACGCAAUUUUGGGUCCUGGUGAUAAUCCUCAGAUGGUGAAGACAAGGUUAAGGCAGUGGGCGCAGGUGGUUGCUUGUUCGGUGCGGCAAUGUUCUAGUUCAAGCUAGCUAAGGUUUAUUCAUGGUUAAAUGGGAACCAAGCUAGAGUUAUCGAAGUAGCCAAACAUCAACGUCAAGAUUCAACUUGUCCGAUACGAUAACGAUUCCCUUCACUUCCUUUCCUACCCGCUCUCAUUUAUGUUUGGUUACAGAUAUUGAAAAGAAAAGGAAAAAAGGGAGAUGAGUAAGAAGAGGAAGAAGGAAAGGAAUAUUUUGAAAAUUAAACCCCACCAUUACUAAGGCAAAACCCAGCUAAUAAUAGCCUAAUAUACUACUGUUGAUGGAUUGACCUUUUUCCCCCUUUUAUUACUUGUUUGGUUUUUGAUUAUUAUUAUUUCAUAUUUUUAAUUUUUCUGAUUAAGUACUUAAUUAGUUAAUUAGGUUUAAUGUGUGCGAAAAGAUUAAAAAGAUGCAUGUUUGUGUCUAUGUGCCGAUUGAAGUAGGAGGGUGUUGUUGUAAAAUUGUAACUUUGUGUUAAAGAGAAAAGCUAAAUUAAGGAAACAAAUGGUAUAAA